CUGGUGGGGCGGGGUGGGGCCCAACUAGUGGGGAAAGGGAGCUCGAAGCUCGUCUCGUCACGUGCGACGCGACGACGAGGACCUCCUCGUCCAGUUGAUCAUCUCAUCCGUUGUCUGACUCUUGUUUUUGUCGCGUUGCAGGCGGCGCUGGCGGUGGUGGCGGGUGUGUCCGCGAUCGCCGUCCCCGUGGACCUCGCCCUCGCCCCCGCCGAUGCCGGCCAGGGCGUCGCCUUGGGCCAGCAGGCCGUUGCAGGCCAGGAGGACAGUACUGGAGAAGCCUCCGGCCGCGCCAAGAAAAGUCUGGACCUGGACGUAGGCGGCUGGAAGUCGUUGCACGGCGAGGAGCAAGAGGGCGCGUCAAGCCACGUCCUCGACCUCGGACAUGACCUUGGAGGCGGCGACCUUGGGCUGGGUGGCCACGGUGACCUCGGCCUCGGCGGCGGUGACUAUGGCGGCCACGAAGCAGGCCUCGAGCUCGGGGGUGGUCACGACCUCGGCGCUGACCUGGGCGCUGAGUCCACCGGCGGGGACAUUGGUCACGGUCACCACGAGCACUGCAAGUGGGAGAAGAAGCUCGAGUGGAAGACGGAGUGGAAACAAGAAUACAAGACCGUGAAGAAGCAGGUGCUUAAGACCAAGUGGAAGAAGGUUCAGGUGCCCGUGUGGAAUGAAAUCCAGGUACCCGACCACAAGGAGAUCGAGGUCCCCGACUGGAAGACUGUCAAGGUACCCGUCUGGAAGGAAGUAAAAGUACCCGCCUGGAAGGAGAUCAAGGUGCCCGAAUACAAGAUCAUCAAGAAGCCUUACUGGAAGGAGGUCAAGAUACCCAUCACCAAGGAAAUUAAGGUGCCCGCCUGGAAGAAGAUCUGGGUUCCCGUCUGGAAGGUAACCGUUGAGCACGGGCACGACGGGUGGGAAGACGACCACCACCACAAGAAGCAGGUGCACAAGAAGCUCAUCUGGAAGCCAGAGUACAAGCAGAUCUGGAAGACCGAACACAAGACUGAGUAUAUCACCAAGAAGGAGGAGCACUACCACGAGGAGAAGAUUACCAUCUGGAAGACGGAAAAGAAGCAGAUCUGGGUCACCAAGAAGGUGGAAGAGUUCAAGGAAGAAAAGGUGCAGAUCUGGAAGAAGGAGAAGAAGACCAUCUGGGUAACCAAGAAGGUGCAGAGCUUCAAGGAUGAAUGGAAGAGCUACCAGGAGGCCGAGACCAAAGAGGAGCAGGUGCCCGAGUGGAAGUCGGUGCAGGUUCCCAUCUGGAAGAGCAUCUGCAUUCCGCAGCACCAUGAGGAGCCCAAGCACGGCUGGGAGUAGCCCACGAACCCCAGCUCCCGCCCUAGUCACCGAUCUCACUGCCAGGCGUGAACCGAGCGUGGCCACCGGGGGCGAUAACACUCCAUCCGCCCAUCGCCCUCCUCCCCGCCCGGCCUCGUACGCCACAACGACUGUUUACCUGUUUUGUUAAGUUUAUUUUUCAUGUUGAAAGUUUUAACAAAUCUUUUUAAAUAAAUGUUUUUAUAAGAAAA